CCGGAAUGCGUGGGCGGCACGUUGUGGAGCGUGUCCUAAGCGGCACCAGUAGCUCUCACCUAGCAACGCACGGACCGUUUGGUCGAUCGCAAAUAAAACACUUUCGGUUUUUGUUUUGCAAACCUCUGAAGCUAUUUCGGAACACAAUAAAACACUAAACACUCGGAAACAAAAUGUUGAAAUUCAAAAACAAACUCAAAAACAAGUUCAAAUCAUCAAAGAUAGAAAACCAACCGGACGACUUCAGUGUGCUAUCGUUCGACAAUGGUCGAGAAGCGUCACCGGUUCCCGCAUCAGCCGCAUCGGACAUUUCCGAACGAGCAAACAGUUCCAGCGCAGAUGGAUACGGGGCUCCUGCAUGCAGCCUCUACGGCAGUGAUACCGAUGGCGGCAGCAGCAAUCAAAACUCGUCUCGCCAAAACGUUUGCUGCUACAGUUACAACUUCAACAUCAACUACAAUUUUUCUCCACCGCCCCAUGGCAGACGAAGCCACACGCCUCCGAAAUGGUGCGACGAAGAAAUCUGUGAAGAGCUGAGACUGUUCGACAGCACCAGUAAUCUCGUGUCGGAAAGUUCGCUAGGAGGAGUACCUUCGAAAAAAGGUAGAAAUGCAAAAAAGAUUCGACCGAUUUCCACCGAAAGAUCCAAGAGAAGUACAUCCAGCAUGUCUUCUAAAGUGACGCCAAGCAACCCGCGACUGAUGAAGGCAGCUAUGAAGGGUUCGAAGUGUCUAUCGACAAGCGAUUUGUCCACCUACAAAGGGAGUCCUUUGAGUGGCAGCAGUCAAGAUUAUCAAAACAUUUGUAGCCAGCUCCAGUCGAUGAAGAUAAAUGCGAUACUUGACCAGAGGGGGACCAACUUGACGGACCAUGAUCGACGGAUUUUGCACUGCAUGGUUCUGAAACGGAUCGAGGAGAUCGAACGACUCGAGGAAUCCAUGGUAGCCAAACAGUACUGGGAACAGGAGAAAGCCUACCGGAAGACACUUCUCGACGAGCAGGAACGUAACUACAAGCAAGCAAUACGGCAAAAACGUAACAUCGAGAAGAUUGAGAUCCGAAAUCGCCGACAGCGACUUGAACGACUCGAGCAGCAACAGAUCGAAAAAAUCCAGAACGAAAUCGCGGAGAAAGAUAUACGCUCGAGCAGUUUGCUGAAAACGCUGGAAAUCCAAAAGGGCAUUAAAGAAUGUGAGAAGAAAAGUCGCGAAUUGAAACGUAUGGAAGAUGCCACCGUAAUUCAGGAAGAGGAAACACUCGACAAAGACAUUUGGCGUCAAUCAUUAGUUGACCAACUGGAGGAUCGGGUUCAACGGGCCGAGGAGCUGCGCCAGAGGGUGUUAGAAGUUCACAAGCGCCGUCUGAAGAUCGGUAACCAGCUGGAGAAGAAAAUGCAUGCUAACAAUCUCAAGCAAACUCUCGCACAAGAGAAAUAUAAGUUGAAUCAACUGAAGGAGCGAAUCGUGGCCCGAGAAAGUCGUUUCCAGCGGUUUAAGGAUAGCAAGAAACGCAUUUUCGAUCAGCUUAAGACUCGUGCCAAAACAACAGCCGCAUUGAGGGAUAUGGUUAAGCAUUCGGUUAGUCCAAAUACGUGCGCCAAAUCGAUUGUGGGAUGUCAGCAGCGGAUGAUUAAUGUGGUGCAAGUGAAAUGAUUCCCCUUUAGAUAUUUUGCAACUUUAUUCUUAACAUGUGUAGUG